GCUCUUUUUGGGCCUUCCUCCAACAUUUCACUUCACAUAAUUGAUAAUUCUCCAUUUCACUUCAUGCAAUCCCUUUUCUUCUAGUUAUUACUCGAGAAAAACUAGAGGAGGAGAAGGAAGAGAAAACAAAAAAAAGGGGAGAUUAAGGGGGAUUGAAUUCUUAUUAGCGUCAGCAAAGGUUCAUCCAUAUGACGAGCGUCAUGGGUUCAGAAUCAGACUAUAGAACGAUCAACUUCGAAGAAACUGAGUUGCGUCUAGCAUUGCCUGGUAGCAGUGGAAGUGGGAACGAUAAUGAGUCUGUGAAGGGUAGUGGGAAGAGAGGGUUUCCUGAUACAGAGUCGAUCGAUUUGAAGCUCAACCUUUCAACCGCGACCACCACUAAGGAUUCAAUUUCAAAGACGGAUGAAAUUGAAAAGAUGAAGGAGAAGAACGUUGCUCUUCCGUCUAAUGAUCCUGCAAAACCUCCGGCCAAGGCACAAGUUGUGGGUUGGCCGCCCGUCCGAUCAUUCCGGAAGAAUGUCAUGGCCGUCCAAAAGAAUGGCUCCGGCGAGAACGAGAAGGCUGCCACCACCAGCACCACCGCCGUCACUGCAGCUGCCUAUGUUAAGGUUAGCAUGGAUGGUGCCCCUUACCUGCGUAAAGUGGACUUGAAGCUGUACAAAAGUUACCAAGAACUCUCCAAUGCUUUAGGCAAAAUGUUCAGCUCCUUCACCAUUGGUAAUUGUGGAUCACAUGGGAUGAAGGAUUUCAUCAAUGAGAGCAAAUUGAUUGAUUUGCUAAAUGGGUCUGAAUAUGUGCCAACUUAUGAAGACAAAGAUGGAGAUUGGAUGCUUGUUGGAGAUGUUCCAUGGGAGAUGUUUGUUAAUUCAUGCAAGCGCUUACGAAUCAUGAAAGGAUCAGAGGCAAUUGGGCUAGCACCAAGGGCAGUAGAGAAAUGCAAGAACAGAAGCUGAGAAGACAAGUUUUCAGAAAUUUCCUGCACUUUGUGAUAAAAAGAACUGGCAAACUAGCUUGAGAGGGUUCGAGCAGGGAGUUUGGAUCUAAUGGGUCAAUGUAUCAUGUUUUUCUUUUUCUUUUUCUUUUUUUUUUUAUAUUGUUUUUUUUGUCGUAGUGUUGUUAAGAACAUGAGGAAUAUAUUAUCUGAGAUUUAUUAAUUAGGGACAUGGAUUAAUCAUAAGAAAAUAAAAAAAAUGUUUAUAAGACUCUUUUCAUCUACCUCUCAUGUUAAACUUUUUUUUGGCACACAAAUUACAUCUGGUAAUAAGGUGUCAUUUUUUUU